AUGGCCGCGCGCGUUCCCGCGACGCACGUCAUUGGCGUUCUCCUCAUCUCCCUGCUGCUCCGGCCCCAAUGCUCCCAUGCCCAAGAGUCGAUUAAAGGCUUCGCGCUCGCCAGGGGUGCAUCAGGGGAACUGGUCCCGCAGAGUGCAACAAUAGCCGCUGCCACGUCAUCACAAGCGAACACCUUCGACCCCGCAGUGGCGGACGUUGUGACGGCGGAGGCGGCGGCGGCGGCGAAGCGGUCGCGCGCGCCGCUGCGAUACAGUCGCAAGGAGGUAAUCUCGUCGUUCAACAAGGCGGCACACCUCCUGCGACUCUCCGCGAAUAGCUUGACACAAUCGUCACCGCACUUUACUCGUUUGUUCACGGCGAUGCAGGCGUUUCGCAACGCAGUGGCGCUAGUGGAGAUGGGCAAGCGAAAGUACAACCUAGCCGAGCCGCAGAUGCUUAACGGCAUUCUCCUCGUGAAGCAGGAGAUUCCCAAAAUCGAGCCUGCACAGCUGGCUCGGGAGCUGGGCGAGCCGCUUACCACUAGGUUCGAACCACGUAGGUCGCGGACCGUUAGUCCGAGGCGCACGCAACUGGCGACCCGAGCAGCCGUAGACACGUCACCUCCUUCCACCAGCCUCCGUGGCAGCAGCAGCAGCAACCGCCGGCCACGUGGCAUCCCCACCGGCGGUAAUGGCGCCGCAAUUUCCGCCAACGGAUCAGCCACGCGAUUCGCGUCGGGAGCGGCACAACAGCAGCCGCAGAAGCGACCGUUGGAACGAUCGAAAGACCGAAUCUUCGAGGAAGAUCCGGCGGAAGAAGCGGCCGCCGCGCGCCGCGCGAUCGGCGCGCCGCUGUACGACGCGCAGGGACUCGCGAAAUUCUACUCGAAGCGACCGUUAGAGGUAGUCGGUCGAGCGCUGCGCGUCACGACAGCGCUCGGCUCGGUCGCCGUCUCCGUCCUGAUCGACCGGCAGCGCGGCCAGCUAGACGCCAACAUGCCGCGCCGAGCCUCGCAGCUUCGGCGCGCGCUGACGAGCCUCGGCCCCACGUUCGUGAAGCUAGGCCAGGCGCUCUCCACCCGCCCGGACCUGUGCCCGCCGGCUUAUUUGGACGAGCUGGCGCUGCUGCAGGACGCGCUGCCGACGUUUCCCGAUGCAGAGGCGUUUGCGUGCAUAGAGGGCGAGCUGGGUCGUCCGAUGGAGGCCAUGUUUGAGUCCAUUAGCCCGUCGCCCAUCGCUGCCGCUAGUCUUGGUCAGGUUUACAAGGCACGCCUGAUAGGCGGCACGGAAGUGGCAGUGAAGGUGCAGCGACCAGGCAUCACAACAGCUAUUGGGCUGGACUUUCUGCUCAUCAGGGGGCUGUGCUCGCUCAUCGAUAAAUACGUUGAUUCUCUUACAACCAGUUCUGUGGCGCUUCUAGACGAGUUCGCAGACAGGGUAUACCAGGAGCUAAACUACGUGCAAGAGGCUCGCAAUGCGCGGCGCUUUCGGCAGCUGUAUGGCGACCAGAACGGGGUGUAUGUGCCGCAGAUCGUGUGGCGCAACACGUCGUGCCGCGUGCUGUGCAUGGAGUGGGUGGAUGGGGUGAAGCUGAGCGAUGCAGCGAGCAUGCGGCAGAAUAACCUUGACGUGAUUGACCUCGUGGACAUCGGGAUACAGUGCUCUCUACGGCAGUUGCUAGAGUUUGGCUACUUCCAUGCGGAUCCCCAUCCAGGCAACCUUCUUGCCAUGUCUGACGGCCGAUUGGCCUUCCUUGACUUCGGCAUGAUGAGUGAGACGCCCCCCCGAGCCCGAUUCGCCAUCAUAGGCCACGUGGUGCAUCUGGUGAACCGAGAUUAUGAAGCGAUGGCUCGUGAUUACUACGAGCUGGACUUUUUAGACCCCUCAGUGGACGUGGCGCCCAUAGUGCCGGCUUUAAGAGGAUUCUUUGACGACGUGCUGCAGGCAACUGUGAGCGAGCUCAAUUUCAAAACCAUAGUGGAUGGGCUGGGAGCAGUGCUCUAUCAGUAUCCCUUCAAUGUCCCAGCCUAUUAUGCACUCAUCCUUCGCUCCCUCACGGUGCUUGAAGGCUUGGCACUCUAUUCGGAUCCCAAUUUCAAGGUGCUCGCAGCGGCCUAUCCCUACAUGGCAAAGCGUCUUCUCACCGACCCAAACCCCUACCUUCGUGACGCCCUAAUCGAACUCCUUUUCAAAGAUGGCGUGUUCCGCUGGUCACGCCUUGAGAAUCUACUAGCCCAGGGGCAAAAGGACCGCGACUACAAGACAACCGAUGCCCUCCAGCCUUUAAUGGCCCUCAUCCUAGGCCCUGAGGGAAAGCCUCUUAGAGCUCUGGUGGUGGCUGAAGGGGUGAGGGUAGCAGAGGCUUUGCUGGUGGCCGGGGCUGUGGAUGGGGCGUUGGAGGUGUUACCAGAUGCGGUUACCACCGCGCUGCUUCCCCGGCCGCUGGUGCCGUUAAGGGAGGCAUUAGAGGCAGCGAGAGGGGGGGUUGGGGGUGCGGGUGGGGGUGCGGGAGGGAGUGCGGGGGUGGGGAGGGGAGCGGGGAGGGGGGAUGCGAGGGGGAGGAGUAUGGAGGAGAUGGUUGAGUUGAGAGCGCAGGUGCUGCGGUGCUGGGCGUUGCUGAGGACUUCGGAUGGUAUGCGGGAGUAUGGAGAAAUUGGUGGAGUUGAGGGCUCAGGUGCUGCGGUGCUGGGCGUUGCUGAGGACUUCGGAUGGGUUCAACCCGGCAAGCCUGCUUCCGCUUGUGGAUGUGAGUUUCUAUGGGAGGAGUAUGGAGGAGAUGGUGGAGCUGAGAGCGCAGGUGCUGCGGUGCUGGGCUCUGCUGAGGUGUUCAGAUGGGUUCGACCCGGCAAGCCUGCUGCCAUUGGUUGA